CGUCAACUUCGUUCCGUUAAUUGUUCGAUUCGAGCGUUCGAGUGCAUUCGAGUGCAUUCGAGUGACACGACUGACACGGCGGGCGAUUUUUCUCACGACAUCGCGAAAAAUGUCAUUAGUCUCUAUCGAGCGUAGUGUCAAAUGUUCAAUAUCGCGUACUCGAAAGCGUGUACUUUUGCGUGAUGAUGCGUAACAAAAGUUUGCGGAGAUUCAGACGCGACGAUGGCGAAACGCUUCUUCGAAUCCAAGAUCGCCUCGACGAUCACUCUUGACGUCGAAGCAACGUUGUAAACACAUAUGCGUCAGUGCCGUCAGUGCAUCACGUUGUAACGUGUCGAGUGUGUGUUGACAGAUGAUGGGACAGUUCAAUACUAUUCCUUCAAGUCCUCGUGUGAUGUUCGAUGAAGAGGGUGACAAUGGCUUGGUACUUUGUGAUAAAUACCUGCCGGUCGAAAUUCUGAUAGAGAUCUUUUGCUAUGCCGACUGCAAGACUCUGAUGAAUUGCCAGUUGGUGUGUAAACGCUGGAAGAUGUUGAUGAAUUACGUCUGGCAUAAGAAGACUGAGCAGACGCUAGCCAAACCGUUUCCAUGGAACGACAAAAUCCCCUGGUCCGUAUUUUAUUUCGCAUGCACUAAGAAGCCAUAUGAGAGGAACUUGCUGAGAAAUCAUUCCGGCGCAGAAGGCAUGCAUCAUUGGGACUUGGGUUCGAAUGGCGGUGAUCACUGGAGGAUUGAGGAGCCUCCCGUCGGCGUGCCAAGACUGCCGCUAACCGAAUCAAUGUUUAAAGACAGACAGAUCUGUUUCACGACGUCCUAUCAACGUUGCUCCAAAAUGCAAGAUAUCUAUCUGACAGAUGAAGGGAUUCAUCCAUAUAUCCUAGACACUUAUCAACCACCUAUAGUGGUAAGCGAAUGGUACAGCUGUCGAUGGGACUGUCCAGCAAAAUAUCAAUUGGAAGUUAAAUUAAUUGGUGUUGACGAAGAACAAAUGGAUAAGUUUAAAUUUGAAGAUAUUCUAGAAGGAGAGAAACAGAAUAAAUGGCUGCAAGUUUCACAUGUAUUUGAAAACUAUGGAACUGGUCUCAGAGUUAUUUCCUUUGAGCACAGUGGAAGAGACAGAUUGUAUUGGGCAGGACAUUAUGGCAGUAAAAUGGCUGGAGCAUGUGUUUCUGUGAAAAUUCCUGAGAAUAUUUGCACUUGCACUUGUAAAAAAACGUAAUUAAAACAACAAAUAUUACAUAAGACAGAGAGGUCAAACUAGACAAGUUAGUUUAUGAGGGAUUUUCCCUCUGCUUUUUUAAUAAAAAGUUUUAUGUAAUAAAAAGUCAUUGAUUUCAAUGAAAUAAAA